AUGUCGGUCAUCAAGACGCUCAUUGUUCCCGCAGUCAUCUCGUUGCUUCUCUUCAUUCUUUUAACAUACGUUGUUAUUCCGCUAUGGCGCCGAUAUGCUCGCUACAGUCAAUACCUUCCUCUCGACACGUUAUCGUCACAUACGUCUUCCUUGCGCGAACGCAUAACGGCCCGUGUCGCUGCGUGGCGCUCCAACCGUGAUGUCACGUUCGCAUCUGAUGAUGGCUCCGAUGAUGGGCUGGAUGGUGAUGAUGGAGAAGAGCUUGGGAAUGUCGACGAGGCUACCUGGCGUCAGAUGGAGGCAGAUACUCGAGCGGCGCGGCCAGAUAAUGCCAGACGGUUGAGUAGAGAUCUUGAAGAAGGAUUUAGAGACGAUAGUGACGAUGAACCAGACCGGUUAGCAAGGAACAACUUCAGAUCAUAA